GCAGUAGCUGGGCUCUGUCCCAAAAGUCUGUCUCAUUUUUUUUCAGAGGUGGGUUUCUCUAUUUCGCCACUAUGGGCCCCAAGCAGAUGGUUUUUAAGAAGCUGUCCCGGGACAAAUCGGUGGGGGUGUACAUGGGGAGGCGGGACUUUGUGGAUCACAUUGACUUUGUGGACCCAGUGGAUGGCGUUGUCCUGGUUGAUCCCACGCAAAUGAAGGAUAAAAAAGCCUACGUUACCCUGUCCUGCACAUUCCGAUACGGCCCAGAGGAUGAGGACGUCAUUGGUAUGAAAUUCUGGCGGGAUAUUUACCAGCGCACCCUCCAGGUGUACCCCCCUCUGCAGGACAAGGACAGGAGCACCCACACCAAAACGCAGGAGAAGCUUCUGCACAAACUGGGGGUCAAUGCAUACCCCUUCUUUUUUGAGUUGCCAGACAACUUGCCCUGCUCUGUGGCUCUGCAACCUGCUCUGACUGAUGUGGGGAAGCACUGUGCCGUGGAGUUUGAGGUGAAGGCCUUUUCCUCCAAGAGCCAGGACGAGAAGCCCCCGAAACGGAGCGCGGUCAAGAUGAUGAUCCGGAAGGUUCAGCAUGCGCCCCAGCAGAGUGGCCCCGCCCCUUCGCUGCAGACCGCCUACGACUUUGUCAUGUCCGACAAACCUCUGCUGCUGGAGGCCAGCCUGGAAAAACAGACAUACUAUCACGGGGAGAACAUUGACGUCCAUUUGAACAUCACAAACGACUCCAACAGAGCAGUGAAGGGCAUCACCAUUUUAGUGGAGCAGGUGACCAACGUGGUGCUCUACUCCAAUGACAACUAUGUAGAGCCAGUGGCCGUGGAGCAAAUCUCAGACACAGUGGCCUCCGGUGACAGCCUGGACAAGGUGUACACCAUCCUGCCCUUAUUGGCUAACAACCGAGAGAAGAAGGGCAUAGCUCUGGAUGGAAAGCUGAAGUAUGAAGACACCAACCUGGCUUCCUCCAGCAUUGUGAAGGAAGGUGUGCUGAAAGAGGUCCUGGGAUUGCUGGUUUCUUACAGACUGGUGGUGAAACUCAAAACUAGCGGUGAGGUCCGAGCUGAGCUGCCCUUCCAGCUCAUGCACCCCAAGCCUGAGUCAGUGCGGAUGAUGAGGAGGUGGUCUGUGACGAGUUGAAGCACUGCUCCGUUAAGGGAGGAAAGGACAAUGAGGAAGAGGAGGAGGGCAAUGCAUCACCAGCCGAAGGGUGAUGA